GCGGCGGCUCCGAGGCUCAGUAUCAUCUCCGCCGGCGCUGGCAGCCCGACAUGUCCCGCCGGGCCCGCGAGGUCGCCCAGAGGCUGAUACUCCCCGCAGCCUCUAAGUAACGCACCCCGUCGCGCACCCUCCGGGAUGGGACCGAAUGUAAAUAUAAACCACCGAUCAUAUUUACUCGGGCCGCAAUGGCUCCACAGACAAAAGGACUAUUUCUCCUUUUAUUGUUUUGCGCACUCGGCGGGAGCAGCGGGGACGAUGAGACGGAAUAUUUCGACGUUUUAUCUCUGGUUAGGGACAGCGACGAGCUCCCUGAGGGGAUCACUCGCGCCCCGGGGCGGUGCCAGUCCCCCCUAGAGAACUACUCCGACUACACAGCCUUCGCCCUCAAUGAAAAUGCCACCAUGCACCGACUGGCCGCGGGGAUGUUCUACAACACGUUCCCCGAAGAUUUCUCCAUAAUGGCUGUAGUUCGACUGCCAGGAACGGAACAGAACCCGCUAUUCAUCCUGUACUCGGAUGCUGGUGACGAACAGUUGCAGCUGGUGGUCGGUAACUUGAUAGAACUGUACUACGAGGACACGAGAGGAGAUCCACCGGACCAUGAACUCCUCACGUAUAGAGUCGAUAUUGCUGAUGGAAGGUGGCAUCGCAUUGCUGUCAGUAUUAAGGGCGACUCAGCAACUCUAUUGGUGGACUGUGAACUGAAGGAGACACUGCGGUUGAAUCGUCAACCUGGUAGCACGUUCAACCUCGCCGGAGCCUUAGUUGUGGGUUCCCAGAUCACUCCCGACCAGUAUUAUGAGGGUGAAAUCGAGUUACUUCAGUUCGCAACCAAACCAGAUGCGGCCUACGACAUGUGCAUAUCAACAGCUCCGGACUGUGAAGGAGGCGCUGGUCUUCCAUACAUUCCACCACAAGUAUCAGCAACACAAAUUGAACCAGAAAUUAAACCCAUUCUCUAUGUGGAACCACCACCACAGCCUACUGAACGAACGUUGACAGAUGAUGUUGUACGAAGGAGAUACGGCGUCUAUACUGACAGGUUUGACAGGAAUGACUCGGAUAAUCCAUGGCCUACUAGAGAAGUGACCACACCAGAACCCCCACCCUCGUGGCAAAUCUCCAAUUCGUUCCCAAUCGCAAACCAAUUCUCAGCCACGGAUUCAGAUGAAAACAGCAUUUUCGGUAGUUUCACGGACGAUAAUGCGUACCUGCCCCCGUCGCCGUCGCAGACUCCUUUUGAAAACGAACCUGUUGAACCCAUUGAACCCGUGGACUCUCUAGAUCAGACGACUCAAAGAUCUAAACGAGGGGACGAUGAUGAAGCGGAUGGGUCUGCGACAACCCUAGCCGUGACGGAGACAACAUACAGCCCUAUGACGACUACAGAAGAUUCAGAUUGGCUCACACAUCCACCGGAAGUUUACGAAGGCAAUUCCACAACAAAUUACGAUUCAUCAGAGACUUACUACGACUACGGCAGUUCUGGUACUUACAUGGGUCCUCGAGGAUACCCCGGUCCACCAGGGCCGCAAGGUCCAAGAGGUCCUAAAGGGGAGCCUGGCAAACCAGGCUUUGAAGGUUCACAAGGAUUUCCAGGCCCGCCUGGCAAUGUCUUUGUAAUCCCUUUACAACAAUCAGGAACUGACAAAGGUCCUGAUGCUCAAUCGGAGGCUCUUCGACAAAUGUUUUCACAACACAUGGCUGCAAUGCGAGGAGCUGAAGGUCCAAUGGGUCUUACUGGCCCACCAGGUCCGGAAGGUGACAUAGGUCCUGAAGGCCCUAAAGGAGAACAGGGAGAGCAAGGGGAACCCGGUCAACCAGGCCCACGAGGUCUACAAGGCCCACCUGGUAGAUUAGGACGACGAGGCCACGCAGGAAGGGAUGGAGAAAGGGGAUCGCCAGGAGCUCCAGGAACGAAAGGCGAACAAGGCUACCCGGGCCAGCCCGGUAUGCCUGGUGAUAAAGGAGAACGUGGAACUGCAGGCUUGCAAGGCGAAGCAGGUGCACCAGGUCAAGAUGGACCACCGGGAGAUGACGGCCCUCCUGGACCACCAGGAAUUCCUGGAGAACUGGGACCCCGAGGCUUCAUGGGACCAAGAGGUUUUCCAGGUCUUAUAGGCUACCCAGGUAUACCUGGUCUCGAAGGACCUCACGGAACAAAAGGUGCUACAGGUCAACCAGGGGCCCCAGGUCCACCGGGACAGCCUGGAACGAUUGGUUCACCAGGGUCACCCGGGCCACAAGGACCUACUGGAGCUCCAGGGAUUCAGGGUCCUCAAGGAAAGCCAGGUAUUUCAGGAUUACCCGGCCCAGAAGGGUCUCCAGGUACUCCAGGCAACCCAGGGCAACAAGGAGCACCAGGCGACGUAGGCCCACAAGGUCCUCAGGGUAUGCUCGGGUUUCCUGGUAGUCGAGGAUUGAAAGGAGAUGAAGGGCCACGUGGCCUACCUGGCGACAAAGGAGACAAGGGAAUUAGAGGCAUCGAAGGAGAAAAAGGAGAUAUGGGACCAAAAGGAGAACGAGGGCUAGCGGGAGAACCUGGUCCUCCUGGAAUCGAAGGUCCUGAAGGGCAAAAGGGUGUGGAAGGACCACGAGGUGAAACGGGGCCUAUUGGACCAGCUGGUGAGAAGGGCGCGACUGGUGCUCAAGGACCUCAAGGAUACCCCGGCAGUCAAGGUGAAAAAGGAGAUAAAGGAGCGUCUGGAAGGAGAGGCAGACGGGGUACCAAGGGAUUAAUGGGUUUAGCUGGACAACAAGGAGAUCGGGGUGAAACUGGACCAAGGGGCUAUAGAGGUCCUCGUGGCCGUCGAGGUUCAGAUGGACCUCCAGGACCCAAAGGAGAUACAGGUCAACCAGGUCCUCCGGGAGCAACAGGCGAGAGAGGACCACAAGGGUUAGAAGGCGUACGCGGUUUCCCUGGUGCUAUGGGUCCCCCUGGACCUGACGGAAAAGCUGGCUUGCCAGGUCCACCAGGAGAACGAGGACCGACGGGUGAACCGGGUGCGACAGGAUUAACAGGACCCUCAGGUCCUGUUGGCCCACAAGGACCAAACGGUGAGCCUGGGCCGCCAGGGCCACCUGGUGCUUCAGGUAUACCAGGGACACCUGGUGACGUUGGCACUCCAGGAGAAGUUGGGAAAGAAGGUCCACCAGGACCGCCUGGCCCCGAAGGAAAGCCAGGACCAGUUGGAUCGCCAGGCCCACCUGGAAACAACGGUGAACCUGGAUUACCAGGCGCAAUUGGGAUACCAGGGGCUAAAGGUGACUUAGGGCCACCCGGUCCCCCAGGUAUUAGAGGAGAUAAAGGCGAACCUGGUGAAACUGGUAACGAAGGACCACAAGGACCACAGGGCCGUGAAGGCCCCCGAGGAUCACCAGGACCAGGUGGACAAAAAGGCGAAAUUGGCGAACCAGGCCCAGUAGGACCAAUCGGUCGUGAUGGAUUACCUGGACCAAGAGGCUUAACUGGAGUCCCAGGUCCAGUAGGACCCCCUGGUGAAGAUGGAGACAAAGGAGAAGCUGGUCCACCAGGAGAAAAAGGUUUCAAAGGAGCUAUGGGAGAAGCUGGACCACCGGGUUCACCUGGCAUACAAGGGCUUCGAGGAGAGGCAGGGCCAGUUGGUUUGCCAGGUGAUAAAGGCCCACCUGGAGACGCAGGCCCUCCUGGUCAACCUGGGACAGAUGGCGUUCGUGGCCCUACCGGACCUCCUGGGCCAGCUGGACUUCAAGGAGUCAAAGGACAACAAGGAUCUAAAGGAGAUAUGGGUGACCCUGGAGCUUUAGGAGCUACUGGUCCAGCUGGUCCCGCCGGCCCACCUGGACGUAGAGGAGCAAAGGGUGUACAAGGAGAACCUGGGCCCCGUGGUGCUGAAGGACAACAAGGAGACAUUGGAAGCCCUGGACCACCAGGAGCUCCUGGUGUGCAAGGCCCUGAAGGAAAAUUGGGACCUAGAGGCCCAGUAGGACCAAAAGGUGACGAUGGCUUACCUGGAUUACAAGGAGAAACAGGGCCAAAGGGACCACCAGGACCUGAGGGUCCCAAAGGAAACACUGGACCAGCUGGUUUCCCUGGUGAACGUGGAGAAACAGGACCACAAGGCAUCAAGGGUGAGCCGGGUUCAGAUGGACCUGAGGGAAGCACUGGGCCACCGGGAGCACCAGGCCCAGUUGGACCACCAGGAAAACCCGGAGAAACUGGCAUGCCUGGCAAUCCGGGUUCAGAAGGACCAGCGGGUACUCAAGGGAACCCUGGAUUAACUGGAGAAAAAGGUGAUAUGGGCCCGAAAGGGGUUCCUGGUGAACAAGGACCUAAUGGACCCCCUGGACCACCAGGGCCAGAAGGACAACGAGGUCUAAGAGGACUACCGGGUCCCAUUGGUGAAAAUGGCGCUCCAGGUAUAAUGGGACCUGCUGGCCCUCCAGGCAAGGCUGGCCCUCCAGGUAAUCAAGGCAUACGAGGCGAAAAGGGCAACAGAGGUCCAAAGGGUCAUAUUGGAGAUACUGGACCGAUGGGACUGAAAGGCGACCAAGGCGAGGUUGGCAAACAAGGCUUACCCGGUCCAAUGGGACCUGCAGGCCCCAAAGGCGACAUGGGCCCUAUCGGACCUCCUGGACCAAAAGGUGACACUGGGCCAGUGGGACCUCCUGGUCCUGAAGGUCAACUUGGACCAAAAGGCUCUACUGGACCAGAAGGAAGACCAGGUACUCCUGGACCACCAGGAACCCCUGGACCUCCGGGUCCACCAGCUCCUGCGCCACAAAUACCAGCUGAACUAUUCUCAUCAUACACUAGACGACGUCGAAGCGUAGAAAUGCAAUCUAUGGAGUCCGUUACUGAAGAUAAUUUUGAAGAAGAGGAAGACAUAGAAUGGGUGAAAGAAAUCAUGACCGGAGUUUUGUCUGCUCGCGGUGCACUGGAAGCAGCAAGACGACCGCGAGGGACCAGGAGUUAUCCAGCACUGUCUUGUCGUGAUCUCAGAACUUCUCACGUCAAUCUGACUGAUGGCUACUACUGGAUAGACGCUCGCGGAGGAGCAAGCAGCGGACGACCGAUCAAAGUAUACUGCAAGGGCCACAGCACCUGCAUAUACCCGGAUGAAAGAGAACCAGCCGUCUUUACCACUGAUCCUACUGCACACAAGUUCUCGCAAUCUGAGAAUGGCUACAGGCUUACAUACGAGGGUGAAGGAUCUGGUGCCAUACAACUUCGUUUCUUGAGGUUAUUGUCAAAUGGAGCGAGGCAGAACUUCACGUACUCCUGCGUCAACACUCAGGCGCCUCUACAAAGAUCCGACAUUCCCAGUGAUUUGACGAGACAGAACAGCUUGAAACUUUUCGGUUACAAUUCCGUGGAAUUCCGUGAACCGCUAUUGAUCAAAGAUGACUGCAAGGAGGGUACGGGCGAAAUAGUGCUUGAAAUAAAGACAUCACGUACUGACAGACUGCCAAUCAGCGACUUCCAGCCUCUAUCGUUCGUAGACGCUGAACACCAGUUCACGUUCACUCCUGGACCAGUCUGCUUCACAUGACACUUGAAUUUCAACUCUAACACACGUGUAAAUAAGGAUAGUUUAAACAUUAUGUACUUAAGAGAGAACCUUUGUAAAUAUUGUAAAUAAAUGUUGUGACGACCUUUA